GUUCAGCAGUGCACACAGCAGCAUCAGUGGGUUUAGAUUCAUGACAUGGAAACAAAAGUCAUCUACUUCACGGUGAACGGGAGACCGGAGCAGGCGGAGUUCCCGGUCGACUGUCCGACUCAGGACGUCAAAGAUCUCUUCCGCUCUGCUGCUGAGGCCGGACCCCAUGACAUCCUGAAACUGUACAACCCUAAAGGCAACAUCAUCAACAUUUCUCCGAGCCUGGAACCCAACAGCCCCAACCUGUGCUACAAGCUGGAGGUGGUGGCUGCCGACUGCAACAGUGAGCUGUUAGGUGCCGAGCUUGCUGGUGCACUAGGAUUUGACCUGUCAUCCAUGGAAAAAAGACUGCAGGGCCUGGAGAAGAAAAUCCUCAUUGAGGCUGGCGAGACGCCUGCAGUUGUGUAUGAGAUGAAGAAGCAGGUGGAUUCAUUCAGAGAGAAACUGGAGAGUGUGGAGCAUCUAAGCUGGCUGGGGCUGUUCAAAGAUCUCUCGGAGGGAACCCACAAGCCCUCGCCGUUCUACCACAAAAGGACGCUGCGUAAAACCAGGGAGGAGUGUGAACAUGUGCGGGAAAAGUUCCUGCAAAUGAGGUUUGUAAAAAUUCACACUAAAAUGUUUGGAAUAGUUCAUUCUUACUGCUCAUGCCACCAUCUUUGCAGCUCUUUGGAGGUAUCUGAGGAAGUGAGGCAGUACCUGAAGACGCCAACCUUUGAUAACUGGCAGUGGGAGGAUGCAGAGAUUAUGGUGCUCCUGCAGGUCAUGUACACAGAUUUAGAUUUCAUACCAACCUUCAACAUCGAGCCCGAAGUCUUGCAGCAGUUUUUGUUCGAAAUCUAUCGCAGAUACAACAACAUCCCUUUCCACAACUUUAAACACUGCUUCUGUGUGACCCAGAUGAUGUAUGGUUUGAUCUGGCUGACUGACCUGAGGAGUAAGAUGGACAGCAUUGACCUGCUGAUCAUGCUGACCUCUGCAGUCUGCCACGACCUUGACCACACGGGAUACAACAACGCCUAUCAGAUAAACGCUCGGACUGAACUCGCUCUGCGCUACAAUGACAUCUCUCCUCUGGAGAACCACCACUGUGCUGUAGCUUUCGAGAUACUGGAGAGGACAGAGAGCAACAUCUUCAGGAAUCUAUCCAUGGAUCAGUACAAACGGAUACGAGAGGGGAUCAUCAAAUGCAUUCUGGCCACUGACAUGUCGAGGCACAAUGAGGUUCUCAACAAGUUCAAGUCCAUCCUUCCAGUGUUUGACUUCACCAACAAGGACCACAGAGACGUGCUAAUGAUGAUCCUGAUCAAAGUGAGCGACAUAUCCAACGAGGCCCGGCCCAUGGAGGUGGCUGAGCCCUGGCUGGACUGUCUUUUACAGGAAUUCUUCAACCAGAGUGACGUGGAGAAGUUGGAGGGCCUUCCCGUUACCCCCUUUAUGGACCGGGACAAAGUAACCAAACCUUCGUCUCAAACAGGCUUCAUCAGAUUCGUUCUUCUGCCUCUCUUCAUCGAGCUGGCCAACCUCUUCCCCUGCCUGGAGCAACACAUUAUCCAUCCCGUCCGGAAAGCUCUCGACUACUACACAGAGAUGGAGAAAGCUCUGGAGACGGAGCAGCAGAACCGGGCUCAGAGCGAGAACGCAGCCAAGAGCAAGGAGGCAGCGGGAGGCCGACAAGACAGCCAGACGGAUGCCGGGCCAGACACCUCGAAACCAGAGUCACAGUCAACAUGAAUGAUUUCAUAUCAGUUCACUGUCAUAUUGAUUAUUUGGUGGACUAAACGUCCUGUGAUGUAGUUUCUCUGCAUGCAGUGUUGAUGUAACUAGAAUAGAAUGACAUCACAUUCAGCAGAAAUCUAUUUUAAAAUAAAACAGUUUCUCACAGAAAUAUUUUAUGAAAGAAACAUUAUUUGUAAAGGAGCAACAGAUCAUAACACUGCGUUCUUGCUCUGGUGCUGAAGUCGCCAUGAAAACACUGUGUUGUAAUGACCACUGCUGUUGUUUGUGUGUGUGUGUGUGUGUGUGUGUGUGUGUGUGUGU